AUGCGCACGUACGACGACACGUUCUCGGGCCAGAGAAUCUACCCUGGAAAGGGUAAGCUCUACGUCCGUGGUGACAGCAAGAUCUUCCGCUUCCAGAACGGAAAGUCCGAGUCCCUCUUCCUCCAGCGCAAGAACCCCCGCCGCAUCUCCUGGACCGUCCUGUACCGCCGCCAACACCGCAAGGGUAUCUCUGAGGAGGUCGCCAAGAAGCGCACCCGCCGCACCGUCAAGGCCCAGCGUGCCAUCGUCGGUGCCUCCCUCGAUGUGAUCAAGGAGAAGCGCUCCAUGCGCCCCGAGGCCCGCUCCGCCGCCCGCGCCGCCGCCAUCAAGGAGUCCAAGGACAAGAAGGCCGCCUCCGCCGCCGCCAAGAAGGCCGAGAAGGCCAAGACCGCCGGCGCCGCCAAGGGCCAGACCGGCCGCAUCGUCGGCAAGCAGGGCGCCAAGGGCUCCGCUCCCAAGGUCCAGGCCAAGUCCCGCUAA